UUGUGGGAGAGAAUUUAGGUACAUCCCUUGAGAUUCCACGGGAAUCUCUCCACGGAAGACUUUUAAUGAAGCCGUUUGGAGAUUAGCUCUUCCGCGACCCGUCAACACUGAGUCACAGGAGAGGCAAGACGCUUCGUGUGGAAAAUUUAUGCAUACUCGCACGCCCCUCUUCUCUCUCGAGCCAAGGAAAAUCCUAAGACGCUGCGGACUCCACCUGCUUGUCUCAGACGUCCCAACCAAGAUCUAAGACAUUUCUCUUAAGAUCUGGGUAUCUUCGAAUCCCUCAGAUAAAAGCGGUAACAACAAAACCGCCACAUACCAGACACCACUCAAAACCCUCCCGGGGAGAGUCGAGUGUUUUGAAGAAAGUACAGAGAAGAUCCGGCCAAAACAAACACUGACGUUCCACUUGACCUAAGAUGGAGAAUGUCACUCAAGGAGCUUCGGGGGAAGACAAGGAGUCUUCAGAACCAGGGAGCGAUGAGAUCAUCAUAGUCAUCACAGAAGCUGAGAAAAGAGUCGAGAGCGACGACGAAGAAGAAAAUACAGGAGACAAUAAAACGGGAGCUGAAGGGGGCGUGGAACAAUGGCAAACUGAAGACAAUGAAGUUGAUAAACACGGCGAAAACGCGUCCACUAGACCCGAAACUCAUCACCCUAACGUUGAAGGAUCAACACAGGAAGCUAGUGUUGAACAGACACAAGUAAACAGUGAACCAAACACCACCCAAACAGAGCCCAUCUCCGAGCUAAAUGAAGAAGAAAGCAAUGAGACUGACUGGGAUACCUACGAAGACAAACCGGACAUUCCUCGAGUUAUCUGUGUUGAUUUUAUUCGCGGUAGAAGCCUAGAAGAGUCUCCUGACUUCGGAUACACCUUAGAGACGGUAGCAGAAGAUACUUUAGAGGGAAGCGACAAGGAAGAAGACGACGCAGGUGAUGAUGAAGACGAUGAGAUACCAGUUUCGUUGGUGGACUGGGACGGAGCAAUGCCAGAAGAAAUGGACGGCACAGAACUGGCGGAUUCAGAGUUUGAGUUCACCCGAUGGAGCGGGGAAGAAGCCAAUAACAUAAAAGAAACUGCCGCAGACAAUAAGAAAGAAAGCCAAGACGAGUUUGACCAACUUAAAGGCGGCAACGAACAGGAAUUAAAGAUGGUUGACCGAGCAAUUGCUGGGCUAGAGACGGCAGAGGAGUACACCGAACAGGAAACGACCUUUGACCCAGAGAAAGGAAACGGAGUGGAUCAGGUACAAGCAGACGUGAGGGUGAUUCUGACAACUACUGAAGAAAACUUGGAAGAAGAAGAAGAAAACACUGAAGAAAGUCACGAAGAUGAGACGUUUGGACAGUCUUACGAUACUUGGAAGCGAGUGGACGUCUCAGACAAAGAUAAGAAAGCUGAUACUGUAGGUGAAGUGGAGAUCGAGAGUGAAGAGUGUAGAGAGGAAGGGGCGGUGUUUGCACAAGAGGCGGGAAAAGAUGGGACCAAUGAGAAUGAAGUAAAUCAGGAGGCAUCAUGGGAAGAUGUCGUCAUCAUCGUCUCAACGGUCGAAGAAGUCGAACCGACCCUGACGGUUAAAGAUGUAGAAUUCAACUGGGACGAGACGAUCUUAGAUCAAAUCGAGGAGGAGUCAAAAGAGUUUAAAGAAGAGACUGAAGAAACGACAGGAUUUGAAGAAAAAGAAGUAGAGGAAGAAGCGAAGGAAGAAGUAACAGUGCAAGAGAAAAUUGAAGACGUGGAAGUCGGCACCGAGCAAAGAAUAGAAGACUUGGAGAAAAAGGUCGAGGAAGGAGUUUCAAAUCAGACUGAUACACGUGAAAGUGUCGGAGAAGGAAAGACGUUUUCGUCGGUAGAGGAGAUUGGCAUUGCUAAGAUGAAUACAGACUUGGAGAAAAAUCGGAAAGAUCUGGAAAUCCUCGUGUCUAGGGCUGAAAGAGCUGUGCCGGACUUAGAGAAAGCGAGAAAAGUUAUGGAACAGGAAAAAAAUAGAGGAGACGAACUGUGCGCAGAACUGAAGCUACUCAAAGAAGAGUUGACGCGAGAAAAGUCACACGCUCAAGACGAAAAGGCCAGAGCUGACCGCGCUGAAGCCAAGUUCGAUGAAGCCAGGAAAAACAUGGAGGCGGAAAAGACGAAAAGCGACCUCUUGCGGUUGAACAUAGAACAGCAUAAGAGUAAAGCCGAUCGCGUGGAAAGUGAACUGAAGAAGAUCCAGAAAACCGUGGAAACGGAGAAAGCUCGUUCGCACGGUAAGAAACGCAUUGAGACGGAAGCGCUCGAGCAGUCACGCAGAGAUAUAGAGUACGAAAAGAUCCGGGCAGAAAACGCGGAAGCCGAACUGAAAAAAGUCCAGCGAGAGUUAGAGACAAUAGAAGACAGGUAUGUUGAACAAAGGCGAAUCGAAGCUGAAACUGUCUUGAAAGCGCGCCGAGACGCCGAGUACGAAAAAGCCCGCGCAAAUCGCCUGCGUUUGGAACUGAGGACUCUGAAAGAAAACAAGGGCGCGGGAAAAGAUAGCGACAAAGACGGCCAAGUUCAACAACUUCAGUCUGAACUAGCGAGUAUGCGUGCUGAGAGAGAUCAGGAAAAAUCCAGAGCAGACCGGUUAGAAACGGAAGCGAGUCAAAUGAAAGAAAACACAGAAGUCGGCGCCUCAGAUACAACAAAGUUAGAGCAAGCGCUAAAAGGGAUGAAACAAGAGAAAGCAAGAGCGGACAGAGCAGAGACGUACUUCCAACAGGCGAGGAGAGAGUGCGAGCAAGAAAAGGUUCGCGCGCAGUUGGAGAAAAGAAGGGCUGACCGCGCAGAGGCAAGCGUUGAACAGAAACAAAAGCACUUGGAACAGGAGAAAACAAGAGCCAACCGUGCCAUAGCUGAGCUUAAGGAGACAAGGAAGAAGCUAGAUCAAGAAAAACGACCUAUCUCUGAAGAAAUGAACGCAAACGACACAACAGAGACAGAAUUACAGAAACUACGUGAUCAACUUGAGCGAGAGAAAGCAAGAGCUGACCGUGCCGAAGAAGAAGCAAAAGAACUGAAAGGAGCGACCGCAAAACACAUUUCUCUGACAGAAGCCGACAAGUUAAAGCUUUACGUAACAGACGCAGAGACUGAGUUGGAGAGAACGCGACAAGAGGUGGAGCUAGAGCGGGCCAGAGCCGAGCUAAUGAAGGAGGAACUGGAGAAGACGAUCAAAGACUUUAAGAUGGAGAAGCUUCGUGUACAAGAAGAAAAAAUCCGGGCCGACUUGGCUGAGGCAGAACUGAGGAAUAUUCGGGAGAAGGAAUCGCGUGUGACGUUUCGUCAGGAGUUGGAGAAGGUUUGGGACGACACCAAGGCCAAAGCUAAAGUCGAGGCCAGACUGAGCCAGACAGACCUGCAUCUGGCACUGGACUCUACCACUUGGGACGGCUAUAAACUAGAGACAAGCUUCUAAACCUUACCCCCCCCCCGUAAAAACGUAGAGUCUUCCAACUACUUAUAUACGUACCAGAUGUCUUUUACUAAAAGAAAAACGUGUUAAUGGGUUAUCAAAUUACAAAUACAUGAAUAAUUGGUCUCAACAACAAAAAUAGAUAUAUCUAUAGGAAAGAGAACUUUAAAAAUGAAAGAAAGGUAACAAGAAGUUCACAGAUAUAAAAUUGGCAAUAAGAUGAUGUAAUUGAUAUUUUGUCGGUACAAUGUACUAUACUUAAAAAGUUAGAAUGUAUUCGAUAUAUGUAUUGUAUAGUAACACAUCCACUAUUAACUUGCCAUAUUAUGAUAGCUCAGAGACUCUAUUGAACUGCUAUAACUUGUCCCAGCAAAAGUGAUGUCUAAGUAAGUGUCAACCAUUUAGUCACAGGUGCCCGCCAUCUUAGCUCUCGACACUGCUGCAAAGCAUCAUGGGAUGAAGUAGCCUCCAACAGACUCCAAAGGAUGCGGUGCGAGUUAACUUUAGUUAAUUAGAAAUGUGCUAAACAGAUCUAGACUAACUUAAUCUCUAAGCAGACUCUCCAAUGGUAGCCAAUGCUAAAAAUGCUUGCCAAUACUGUUGACAAAUAUUGUCACAGAAAACGAGAAACCACUGAGGAAAACCAUGACUUUCGGUCCUUACAUCUGCUUGGAGAUAGUACCGAUAUGUUGUUCGAAUUUAUAUAUAUAUAUAUAUAUAUAUAUAUAUAUAUAUAGCAUUAAAUAGUCUCUCUCUAUAUAUACGACUGUAUUUUACAGGGUAAGAUACUUUGUUUUGUUUUACAACGGCAAUCAUAUGUCUCUUAUCUGAGCAAUGAGCAAUAAGACGAUACAAUGCCUAAUACUACUACACGAAUCCUCUAGAUGCCUCUUCCACGUAUACAAGAGAAGAGUCCAUAGAAAGACGUUCAUGAUUGAUUUAUAGUACUGUUUGUUUUGCUUGAUACGGUUUUGUCUGAUAUUACAUAUGACUAAAAUAAUAGUACUAUGAUAAUCGACCAGGCCAAGGUCCGUCUCAGAGUGACCAGUGUUGUAACGGACCAGUGUUGUAAUUGGACACUGUUGACGUAGUAACACUACUUGUGAAUCUACUACAACUAUUACUGAUAGUACUACUACUACUUUUACUACUACAGGUCAGUCAUAGAAAGAUAAUGAACAACGUUAUGUCUGCCAUAGGAUAAGAAAAUUACGAAAUGCCUAUAACAAAUAAGCAUGUGUUGCAAGAUGUGUUUAUGAACUGUUUAGGUGCCAUGUAUGACAACGAUUGCCAUGUAUUUGCCUAUAUAUAUUAUAGACAGCUAUUUUAGCUAUACCGUAAGCCCACUACAAUAAGAAUGUGUCAAAUUGCUAGAUAUCUGUAUAUUGUCGCUGGUCUAUUUCAAAUAUGGAAGCCUGAAUAUACACAUGGUCUAAUAGUACAUUCUACUUUGAGCAAAGUUGCCAGAGAGCUUUAUGUAAAACAUUUCGUCUACGGGUCACGAUGUGUUUUUGAGGCUUACAAAAAUAGCUUGCAAAGAAACCAACGAAUCGUAUCAGAACUGAACAGAAAAAUCUAGCGAUAAUUGAGUGUAGUGUACAAUGUGAAUUAUUGAGAAAGUAACAAAUAACAAAAUGUAAACUACAUACAUAUCAGCAGAGCGAAUUAUAUCAGAAGAAACACAGAAACACUUAACUUAACAGAAAUGCUAUAAACUAAUUCAGCUAUAUAGUUUUACCUAAGACUAACUUAUCUUAACGUGUAUGUACGUAUACAUACAUUGAGCCCAUGGCGUCGCUUGGACGUGGGGGCUCGGUUAUAGGAGACAGCACAGUACAGUAAUCCUCAACUCCAAUAUCCUCACAAAAACAGAUUUCUUAGCCUGGUUUUAGGUUCUUUUCUUCGCACGUCAGAGUCUCAAGACACUUUCUGUGUUACAGUGGUUGGGUUGGUAAAAACCAACUUAGCAAGAUACAUGCAAAUCUUUGUCACCAGGCUAUGAAUCUGUCUACAACAUGUGCACAGAAAACAUACAAUAUUGAAACUGUAGACAAAUACGAUCAUUAAUUUUUUCAUGUUGUUUUCUGAGGAGAACAAUUGGAGUAUAGAUAACGUACGGUUACUGCUCCUUGUUCUAUCCACCAUGAUGUUAACAUAAACACGGUUUUAGUGCUCAAAGGAACAUUCUCCAUUUGGGUUUGACUUGCACGCACAGAACGGCACUAUUCAAGUCCGAAUAAGUGACGAAAGGUACGUGUCUUUACUACAAGCAGCACGCAUAGCUCCGUAACUUACUUGAUACAGCUAGGUUGUACUGCAAGCCACAACUUCAUCAGCUGACUUCCAGCCGUCUUCGGGGGUUUCGCCCCCUUGUAUCAGGACCCCCUCAGGCUGGCGGGGCGGUGACGGUGGCCAAUCCAUCACCAGUUGUGGCUCAGAUCUUCCAAGUUCCUGCGUUUCGUUUCAACCACAGCCAUCUCGAUGCUGCCUCGGCAGCUUCUGUGAGGUUUUUAGUCACCUGUUUCCUCUUUCUUCCCUUGAUGCCUAGUGCACCCAGCA